AGCCCCGAAUCUUGCUACGCUUUGCGUCGCUCUGCCAGGAGCAGUCACCUCCUCCUUGGCAAAUAGUCCUCGGCGAGGUCCGAGUUCUUGGAUAAUUGGAGAAGAGGAAGCACGAGAAGUUGCAGUCAAGAGGACGCGGAAUCGACAAGGAGAAGAAGAUAGGGACCGAAGUUUUUCGAUAGUGUGUGAGUUUAGUUAAAAACUCCCUCCUUCCUAAGGAUCCCUCCGCCUGCAGUAGCGGUGGUGAGGCCGAGGGAGCCGCCAUUUUGGAUGUUCGGUUCCUGCUGCCACUGCUGCCGCCGCCCCCGAAGCUGCUGGUCUCAUUUGAGGUUUCGGGCCGAGGAUGCCAGCCCCCAUCAGAUUGCGGGAGCUGAUCCGGACCAUCCGGACAGCCCGAACCCAAGCCGAAGAACGAGAAAUGAUCCAGAAAGAAUGUGCUGCAAUCCGGUCAUCUUUUAGAGAAGAAGAUAAUACAUACCGGUGUCGGAAUGUGGCAAAAUUACUAUAUAUGCACAUGCUGGGCUACCCUGCUCACUUUGGACAGUUGGAGUGCCUCAAGCUUAUUGCCUCGCAAAAAUUCACAGACAAACGCAUUGGCUAUUUAGGGGCAAUGCUGUUGUUAGACGAAAGACAAGAUGUUCAUCUUCUCAUGACCAACUGUAUCAAGAAUGAUCUUAAUCAUAGCACGCAGUACGUACAGGGGCUGGCACUUUGUACCCUCGGCUGCAUGGGCUCCUCAGAGAUGUGCAGAGAUCUUGCAGGAGAGGUAGAGAAACUCCUGAAAACCUCCAACUCGUACUUAAGGAAAAAGGCAGCACUGUGUGCUGUGCAUGUCAUCAGGAAGGUUCCUGAACUUAUGGAGAUGUUUUUACCAGCAACAAAAAACUUACUGAAUGAAAAGAACCAUGGUGUCCUUCACACAUCUGUAGUCCUUCUUACAGAAAUGUGUGAGCGAAGCCCAGACAUGCUUGCACAUUUCAGAAAGAAUGAAAAGCUUGUGCCCCAAUUAGUUCGUAUUCUAAAGAACCUCAUCAUGUCCGGAUAUUCACCAGAACAUGAUGUUUCUGGUAUCAGUGACCCCUUUUUGCAGGUACGAAUUUUGCGGUUAUUAAGAAUUUUAGGACGAAAUGAUGAUGACUCAAGUGAAGCUAUGAAUGAUAUAUUAGCACAGGUUGCUACUAAUACAGAGACUAGUAAAAAUGUAGGAAAUGCUAUUCUUUAUGAAACAGUUUUGACUAUCAUGGAUAUUAAGUCAGAGAGUGGACUGCGAGUACUAGCCAUAAAUAUCCUGGGUCGUUUCUUAUUGAACAAUGACAAGAAUAUUAGAUAUGUAGCACUGACAUCUUUGUUGAAGACUGUGCAGACAGAUCAUAAUGCAGUACAGCGGCACAGAAGCACAAUUGUGGACUGUCUAAAAGAUUUGGAUGUCUCAAUAAAACGGCGUGCAAUGGAAUUGAGUUUUGCCCUGGUCAAUGGGAAUAAUAUCCGAGGCAUGAUGAAGGAAUUACUAUAUUUCCUGGAUUCCUGUGAGCCAGAAUUUAAAGCAGACUGUGCAUCUGGAAUCUUUCUUGCUGCAGAAAAGUAUGCACCUUCCAAACGGUGGCAUAUAGACACAAUUAUGCGUGUCCUGACAACGGCAGGAAGCUAUGUUCGUGAUGAUGCAGUCCCCAACUUGAUCCAGUUAAUAACCAAUAGUGUGGAGAUGCAUGCCUAUACUGUCCAGCGUUUGUACAAAGCAAUUCUUGGUGAUUAUUCUCAACAACCUUUGGUGCAGGUAGCUGCAUGGUGUAUAGGAGAAUAUGGAGAUCUUUUAGUAUCUGGCCAAUGUGAAGAGGAAGAGCCUAUUCAGGUAACAGAGGAUGAAGUGUUGGAUAUUUUAGAAAGUGUCCUAAUCUCUAACAUGUCCACUUCUGUGACACGAGGUUAUGCCCUCACUGCCAUUAUGAAGCUUUCUACUCGAUUCACCUGUACUGUAAACCGAAUUAAGAAAGUGGUUUCCAUCUAUGGAAGCAGUAUUGAUGUGGAACUCCAGCAGAGGGCAGUAGAAUAUAAUGCACUUUUUAAGAAAUAUGACCAUAUGAGGUCUGCCCUGCUUGAGAGAAUGCCUGUCAUGGAAAAAGUGACCACAAAUGGUCCUACUGAGAUUGUGCAGACAAAUGGAGAGACAGAACCAGCUCCACUAGAGACCAAACCACCACCCUCUGGGCCACAGCCGACCAGCCAGGCCAAUGACUUAUUGGAUUUGUUGGGAGGAAAUGACAUAACACCUGUUAUUCCAACUGCACCUGCAAGCAAACCAGCUUCUGCUGGUGGAGAACUUCUUGAUUUGCUGGGAGACAUCAACCUUACAGGUGCUCCAGCUGCUGCUCCUGCCCCUUCCUCAGUCCCACAGAUAUCCCAGCCCCCCUUCUUGUUGGAUGGGCUUUCAUCAGGGCCUCUCUUCAAUGACAUUGCUACAGGCAUCCCCUCCAUCACCGCAUACAGUAAGAAUGGCCUGAAGAUAGAAUUCACCUUUGAACGGUCAAACACCAACCCCAGUGUCACAGUGAUAACGAUACAGGCCUCCAACAGCACAGAGCUGGACAUGACAGACUUUGUUUUCCAGGCUGCAGUACCAAAGACAUUCCAGCUGCAGCUUCUGUCUCCCAGUAGCAGCAUUGUCCCAGCAUUUAAUACGGGGACCAUCACACAAGUCAUUAAAGUUCUGAACCCACAGAAGCAACAGCUGCGAAUGCGGAUCAAGCUCACAUAUAAUCACAAGGGCUCAGCAAUGCAAGAUCUAGCAGAGGUGAACAACUUUCCCCCUCAGUCCUGGCAAUGAGGGUCCUGCACCGUUCUCAUUCUUAUCCCACUCAAUCAAAGGAACUCUGGGAAGGAGGUUGUGAUCGCUGGCAAGUCCCCCCCAACUGUACCAUGGGCAUGAGGAGCUGAAGAGAAGAAGAACUGUUGAGGAGGAUUUUCCUAAAGUUACUGCUGACCUUGAAGGAUCGUUCAAGACUAAUCUCCUCUCCUCCACUGAUGAGGCCGGCUGCUUCUGGAGGCUACUUUGCACUCUUCCUCCUCUCCUCCUUUCUCCGCACUUCUCCACCCCUCCCACAUUUACAGCCAGAAUCAACAUUCCCUGGGCCCCUGAGGAAAUCAGCAGCUGGUCUGGAGGAGCAGACUGGAAUCCAUGGCAAGAAAACACUCACUCUGUCUCUGCAGCAAACAGUUGCCCCUUCUUUCUACUGUGUUUCUCUGUGGACUGGGCAAGGUGGGGCAUUUAUUCCUCACUAGCUGGGUCACCAUCUUCAGGCACUUUUUACAUCUGGCAUUCAUAAUGGAAAUGUAAGAAUGGACAUUAGGGAGCCCUGCCUUUUUCUACUGGUUCCCCCAAUGUUUGAAAGAGGCAUUAGGCUCCUGGUAGCCUUUUCUGUGCAUUGCUGUAUACACACAGACACACACUUGUAUGUAUGUUUGUUACCAAGAACUGGUCAGACCUUGAGAGGUUAUUUGUAAACACUGGACAGAUGCAGUUUAACAGAGCUUUUGUUGAGAUUUGGCAUGAAGGAUAUGGUGCUUUAUUUGUAAUAGAAACUUCCAAGGCUCUUCCAGCUCCCCUUUCUUUCCAUUCUUUAGCUGUAGCCAUGAAUAAAUAUUCCCCAUGAUUUUCAAAAUUGAUUCCCCUUAAAGUGCAAGGUGGACAACUUCUAAAAGAUAUACAUAUAUACAUGUAUGUGUGCGCAUAUAUAUAUAUAUAUAUA